CUCGGAAAGCCUACCCGUUAUUCGAAAGACAACAUCAUUCGUUGUAGAACAGCGAUUUCGCAGCCCAUUUCCGCUCCUCGCCUUUACCAAAGGGUUGGAGGCAGUGGAAUGAUUUCGGGAAAAGCGACCUUGACUUACACUAUCCGCAUACCGACAACACUGCGCCCAUGUCAAUGAUCUUGAUACCUUAUCGCUCUCAUCUCGAGCCAGCGCACUCGCUGCCCGGGACAUUCUAUUCUGCUCAUCGUCACUGAGGAUCGCGCCUAGAUUGGAUUUAGCUCGUGAGCAACGGUAUGGCGCUUACAGCAACGGACGCAUCGCCUCUCGCGACUCGCCCCAGCAUAACUAUCGGUGAAUGCAACAUCAUCUCCGGUGGGAUGAUGAUUGCCGGAAAUUAUUCCAGUACCACUCAUGUCCAUAACAUCUUCCCUCACGCCGAGCCUAACGACUCGUCCAAGAGUCGCGACACUCUGAUAUCCGACAUCACUGCAUGGUUCGAUCUCAAGUCGAACUCGAGAGCGAUCCACAACGACGUAAGGAAGAAAAGGAUCGAUGGGACCGGAUACUGGUUCAUCAACAGCAAGGAGUAUCAAGAUUGGAAGGGCACCAAAGGAGCAGUUCUCUGUGGUACUGGCAUUCUGGAUGAUCUCUUACUGCUCGAAGAAUCGGUUCAGAAUGUCUGCGUUCUGUUGAUCUACAACCGUUACAACGAAACACUUUCGAUUGGCGACAUCCUGAAGAGCUUCAUUCUUCAGAUCAUUCAACGUCACAAUCAUCUCGUGGAUCUCGUCCAACCUCUUUAUCGGUCCGGUCGACUCGAAAGGACCGCCCCAUCUGACGACGACCUUCUCAAAUUGCUGCUCAAACUCGAAGGCCACUUCCAGCGUACCUACUACAUCGUGGACGGUUUCGACGAAGUCGACCGCAAGUACCAGCUUAACCUCAUCAAGGUUUUAGCCCAAUUGCAAGGGAAUCUCAUUUUUUCCUCACGGCCUUCGGAGCAUCUACGAACAGAACUAGAAGGCGCGCGGCAUAUGACGUUGCUGGCGCAGGAAGAAGACCUCCGACUGCUCGUCGAUAACAGGCUUGGGCACUACAAGGGGCUAUGUCGCAUUUUGGAGAAACAUCACUACCGAGAAGAGGCCACCAGGAAGAUAGCUGACAAGGCGGCUGGAAUGUUCCUCCACGCCGCUCUGCAGAUCGAAGCUCUCCGCAACUGCCUGUCACUUUCGGCCAUCGAGGCGAAGCUCGAGCAGUUUCCCACAGGUAUCGAGGGAAUGUACACAGCUAGCAUUUCGCGGAUCGAAAGUCAGGACCCCGACCUUGUCAAGAUUGCCAAGCAGCUGCUCCUCUGGGUUGUCUUUGCCCGAGGGCCUUUAUCGUUGCGCGACCUCAAGGCCGCGCUCGGCGCAAACCCAGACACCUACAGCGUCGAGGAAUCCCUUAUGCCGGAUGAAUUUUCCAUCGUUGAGCUGUGCUGUGGCCUCGUCGAGCUGGACACGGAAAGUGACGUUGUUCGACUCGUCCCUCGAGAAGCGCUUGAACGUGUUCUCCUCAGGGACUUUCCCCAUCCUCACCUUUUCAUCAGCAAGGUGUUAGCCCAGCGGAUGGUCGACAACAAUCUGCCGAAUUGCACGAUCGCCAAACGCGAGGACUUUACCAGCGUGGUCAAACAAGUCCCACUCUUGCGUUAUUCCUACCAACAUUGGGGCACUCAUGUUCUGGAAUGUGGACGUUCACCUGAAGCAACUGAUGCGACGAUGGCUUUUCUGCGCCAAUGUACCUCCUUUCCAUGCGACCUCGGCUGGGGGACACUUGACCUAUUGCAACCACUCCACGUCGCUGCUUACUAUGGUAUCUCAAUAUAUCUAGACCGGGUUUCUGACAGCGAAGGAAACCCCAAUGCAUCAGCUCAUGGUCGUAUCCAUUUCGUGAAACGAUGUCUUCGAAUUCGCAGCAUCAGCAUCAAUGGAAGGAAUGAAAGGGGCGAGACAGCCUUGUUUUUCGCCUCAGCAUUUGGACACGAAGAGGUGGUCAAGGAGCUCCUCCAGUUCUGGGGUGUCAAUGUCAACGCCACAGACAAUCACGGGUGGACCGCACUCAUGAUCGCCUCAGUGCAAGGCCACGACAGAGUGGUCCACCGAUUGCUCCAGUUUCAUGGCAUUGACGUCAACACUACGGACAACGAAGGGUGGACUGCACUCAUGUUCACCUCGCAAGACGGCCACGAUGGAAUCGUCAACCAGCUCCUCCAAUUCCAUGGCAUCAAUGUCAACGCUGCAGACAAGGAAGGGUGGACCGCGCUCAUGCUUGCCUCGUUUGACGGUCACGACAGAGUGGUCCGCCGACUCCUCCAGUUUCAUGGUGUCAGCGUUAACGCGCGCACCCACCACAAUUCAACCGCGCUCACGUUGGCUUCGGAAUAUGGAUACGAGAUGGUCGUUCAACAGUUGCUCGAACACGGAGCGGACGUCAACGCAGCCGACAACGACGGUGAUACAUCCCUGAUUAUGGCGUCUGGAGCUGGUUAUGAGGGUAUUGUAGCACGCCUCCUUCAAUGCCCGGGCAUUGACAUCCAUGCUGCCAACGAAUCUGGAACGACAGCCUUGUCUGCAGCACGGGAGAAGGGACAUGCGGCCAUCGUGGAAAUGUGA